UCACGUCGGCAAUGGCGGCUCGCAGUUUCAUUCCGGAUUUCCAGUGGACUACAAACUGAUUUUACCCACACAAGUUGGGACUGUGUGGGAGUUUUGUUUUGUUUUGUUGUUGUUGUUUUUUAGGACGACCUCGCGUCGGACGCCCGCGCACAGCGAAGACGAAUCGAGCUGCCGUUGGAGCAGGAGGCGACCGGCAGCUUUUUUUGGACUUGUUUUUGCACCGGGUUCAAGGUGGUCACCCUGUCGAGCGAGCUAGCGCUAGCGCUAGCUCGGCGGCUACGAGCUAACGCUGCUCAGCUCGACGAGCUCCCCAAAAAACAGCAGAGCCCUCCUCAGCACAUUCGCCUACUAUACCGAUGUCGUCGAUUUAAUGCUCGUCGUGCCACAAGUGUGCAGAGCGAGUUCUUCCACCGACUGCUGACUCGUCCUGGCCCGCCAACAUGCUGAAGACCCGCCAGUGUUUACUCGGCAUCCGCACUUUCCUCGGGGUCACGUCCAGAAUAUGGGGCUUCUUCAUGUACAUCCUCAGGAAGCACCUGCGAACGAUCAUCCAGUAUCAGACGGUGCGAUAUGACACCUUGCCUCUGUCGCCUAUCUCCAGGAACAGACUGAACGGAGUCAAGAGGAAGAUUCUGGUCCUGGACCUGGACGAGACCCUGAUCCACUCUCACCACGACGGGGUCCUGAGGCCCACGGUGAGGCCGGGAACGCCCCCCGACUUCAUUCUCAAAGUCGUCAUUGACAAGCACCCGGUGCGAUUCUUCGUACAUAAAAGGCCACAUGUGGACUUCUUUUUAGAAGUGGUGAGCCAGUGGUACGAGCUGGUGGUGUUCACAGCCAGCAUGGAGAUCUACGGCUCAGCGGUGGCGGACAAGUUGGACAACAAUAGGAACAUCCUCAGACGCAGAUAUUACAGACAGCAUUGUACAUUGGAUCUAGGUAGUUAUAUCAAAGACUUGUCGGUAGUACACGACGACCUGUCCAGUAUUGUCAUCCUCGACAAUUCGCCCGGUGCUUAUCGAAGCCAUCCAGAUAAUGCAAUACCCAUCAAGUCCUGGUUCAGUGACCCCAGUGACACAGCACUUCUUAACUUGCUGCCUAUGCUGGAUGCGUUAAGGUUCACCGCCGACAUCCGCUCCGUCCUCAGUCGAAAUCUCCACCAGCAUCGGCUCUGGUAAUUGGUCGAUUGCGGAGGAUCGGUCAAUAGACGACCCGCCAGCGCUUCCUCGUUGGAGGCGAGCGUUGGGAUGAACACUUUGGGUGCCAGAUUUUUAGCCCCGCCGCCAUCUUAGUUCUAUACUUGACCCCCCUGCCCCGACCCUGGCAAAAAAAAUGAACUGGAGCUUCUCCAACGCCUUUUUAAACUUUUUUUUUUUUUUCCCCCUCAUCGCUGAUGAAAUGAAGAGGAUCCAUCCACUCAGUAAACAAUAUUACAGAUUCAAAUUUUUAUGAUUCACUGAUCAAGUACGCUAUUUCUUUUUCUUUUUUUUCCCAAAAGGAUACAGUGGGUUUUCUUUUCUUGCAAGACACGUCUCAUCCUUGGAUAUUCUUGUUUGUUUUUGUGGAUUUUUAAAUAAACAAGAAUGAAAAACACGAGGAUAAAACAUAUGGCUUGUACCCAUUCUAUGGACUGCUGUGCUGUCUUUUCCAUAUCUGUCACCAUUAAAUAACAUUUCACUCUGCUCUUGGGAUUGCAAUUGCACUUGAUUUGUGUUGCCACUCUCCUUCUCUUCUGUUUUUCUUACUUUUGUUUGACAGCCCUCCCCUUUCCUGUAUGGCUUUUAGAGCCUUUCAAAAUGCAUUCCGAACAAUAAUGCCCAGGCUCCGAAGCCAUGUCUUUAUUGGCUCUGUCUUACUACUACUACUACUAAUAAUAAAAAACACUUGUCAGCAUCAGUUGGAAGCACUGAUAGUUUCUGUCCUCAUUGAGCAUCAAUUAUCCUCGGAAAUGAAAUGCUCCCUGUCAUCAAGCCUUCUCAUUAACUUUCCUGGUGACGUAGUAACAUGUCAUACCAGUGAGAUCAGAAUCUAAAAAGUACUCAACAGACUUCUGCUUUUUAACAUUUCUGUCAUUCAAACCCUGCGGGCUCUAUGCUGGCCAUUUGUGUCCACCUCGCUUCCUUUUUUUGGAACCAUUGUAGCCAACGUAAAAUAAAAAAUUCUAAG